GAGAUAGGAUUAUUUUCCCCUGUCCUCGCUUCGCUUCUCCCCAGCUGCCACGAGCCACCACCCCACAAACCAAUGCUAGCUUUGACCGCCCUGAUCAGAAGAAUCUAGCUAAGCCACCACUGUUCUCUCUCGCUCUUGCAAACCUGCAGCCACUGAUAAAAGAAAACACAAACACACGAGGUCGCGCGAUCGAUCUCUGGGAAGAAUGGCUUCCGCGAACAACUGGUUAGGCUUCUCGCUCUCCGGCCAAGGGAACUCUCAGGCGCCACCCGCAGCCGCGGCCAUCGACGUCUCCGGUGCGGGGGACUUCUAUGGCCUGCAAGCCCAGUCGGCGCCGGACGCGCACCUCGGCAUGCCGGGCCUCCGGGCCGACGCGAACUACGGCGUCAUGGAUGCCUUCAACGGAGGCGGCCAAGAAACCCAAGAUUGGGCGAUGAGGGGUUUGGACUACCACGGCGGGUCCUCCGAGCUGUCGAUGCUGGUGGGCUCGAGCAGCGGGAGGAUGACGGUGGACGACGGCGGGGCGCCGAAGCUCGAGGACUUCCUCGGCGGCGGCAACUCCUUCUCCGACGUGCAAGACCAAACCGGGGGCUACCUGUUCUCCGGAGCCGGCGCCACCAUGGGCAGCGGCGCAGAUCAAGCUGCCGCGCACAGCGUGGACGGGCGUGGGGGCGGCAGCACCAUAGAGCUGUCCAUGAUCAAGUCGUGGCUCCGGAACGACAACCAGGCGCACGCGCAGCCCGACCAGGAGAUGAGCAGCACGGACGUGGCGAGCGCGGCCAGCUACGCGUGCCCCGGCGCGCUGGGGAACGGCAACGGCGUGGGCGCGGGCGCGGCGAGCGCGCGCGGCGGGCAGCAGGCCGGCGCGCUCGCGCUCUCGAUGAGCAUGGGGUCGCACCACGCGCACUCGCAGCUUUCCGUGGUCGCGGCGGCGGCUGGAGGGGGAGGAGGAGCAGCGGAGAGCACGUCGUCGGACAACAAGCGGGUGGAUUCGCCGAGCGCCGGCGCCGCGGACGCCGGCCAGAGGAAAUCCAUCGACACCUUCGGGCAAAGGACCUCGAUCUAUCGAGGUGUCACAAGGCAUAGAUGGACAGGCCGAUACGAGGCUCAUCUCUGGGAUAAUAGCUGUAGAAGAGAAGGCCAAACUCGCAAGGGGAAACAAGUUUAUCUGGGUGGUUAUGACAAAGAAGACAAGGCAGCUAGGGCUUAUGAUUUGGCCGCUCUAAAAUACUGGGGCACAACCACAACAACAAAUAUCCCAAUAAGUACUUAUGAGAAGGAGAUAGAGGAAAUGAAGCAUAUGACUAGGCAGGAGUACAUUGCCUAUCUUAGGAGAAACAGCAGUGGGUUCUCUCGUGGUGCGUCGAAAUACCGCGGUGUAACCAGGCAUCAUCAGCAAGGGAGAUGGCAAGCAAGGAUAGGGAGAGUGGCAGGCAACAAGGAUCUCUACCUCGGCACCUUCACGACCGAGGAGGAGGCCGCGGAGGCGUACGACAUCGCGGCGAUCAAGUUCCGGGGGCUGAACGCCGUGACCAACUUCGAGAUGAGCCGCUACGACGUGAAGAGCAUCCUGGAGGGCAGCACGCUGCCGGUCGGGGGCGCGGCCAGGCGGCUGAAGGAGGCGGCCGAGCUCGCCGAGGCCGGCGUCUGGCGCGCCGAGGACGGCAGCAUCGUCUCGCACCUGACGCAUGCCGACGGCGGCAUCGGCAUCGGCAUGGGCGGGACGCCGUACCACGGCUGGCCCACGUCCAUCGCGUUCGGCGGCCAUGGCCAGCUGAUGCACGCGUCCCCGGCUGCUCAGGCGCUGGCCGUGCACUACCCACCGUACGGCGCCGGGUGGUGCAAGCCAGAGCAGGACGCGGUGAUCGCGGCCGCCGGCCACGGCGUGCAUGACUCCUCCCAGGGCCAGGGCCAGGAGCUGCACCUGGGCACACACAACUUCUUCCACCCGGCCGCGAGAUCGUCCUAUAGCAACGGCACUGGCGGCGGCUGGUACCAAGGCGUGAACGGCAACGGGUACCUGAUGCCGCAGGUCGGCACGGUGGUGGACGCCGACAACGUCCAGGGGCACAGCGGGAGCACGGCGACUACUAACGAGGAAGGGAGGCUCAUGGCGGCGGCAGGAUACGGCGACGGCGGCGGCGGCGUCGACCCGUACGCGGCCAUGAGGCGCGCGUACGAGCUCUCCCAGGGCUCGUCGUCGUCCGUGAGCGUCGCAAAGGUGGCCGACGGGUACUCAAACAACUGGAGCUCGCCGUUCAAUGGCAUGGGAUGAUCGAUCGUCUGAUCCAACAACUGGUUGUUAAUUCGUCUGUUUCCACUUUGUAAGGGUUUGUGCGCGCGCGGGGAACUAAUUAAGAAUCGAGUAAUUUUAGGAUAGUCUAGCUAGAGCACGUACGUACUCCGUACGUACGAUCGGUGACUUCUGAAUAUGGGUAGUAAUGGCUAGUGAGGUGAAGUAGGAUUUGUUGUAAAUCACCUUCACUACGUCGUUAGUUUUGGGCAUUUCAGAAGGAAAGAAACUAAGCUAAUCUAUCAAGGAAACUUCGUAUUGCA